CUUUUCAGAGGUUCUUACGCAAAAACAAGACAUCCGACGGUGCGUCAACGCUAUAAAAGGUCUAGAGGUCAAGCGGGAUGCCGUCAUUUUGCAGUUUUUCAGCAGAGGAGCGGAUCUCGACAGAUGAAAAUGUGUCACCUGCACGUCCAGUGGCUGCUGGUAUUGAUGCUCUUGGUAUUCUUCCCCGCUGGACUCUGUCAACAAGAACAGAGCCGUCGAGCGGUCUCCGAGCACCAGCUGAUGCACGACCGCGGCCGCAACAUUCAGAGUCUCAAGCGGCUCAUCUGGCUGUCCGGCGCCAUGGAGGGGCUGCACACCGCCCAGACCCGCUCGGUCGCGGACCCGUACGUGUCCGCGGAGCCCGCCGCUGAGGAACCAAGGUCCAGUCUGGUGCAGAACCUCCUGAGAGACUUCUUCAAAGGUUCUUAUGGGGCGCAGAUGAUCAAACGAGAGCCCUAAACACAGAAAAAUACAUUCAGUCGGUGUCAAAUAGGAAUAAAUUGGACCCGUGGGUGUGCUCCCAUUUUUGUAUCUUUUAAUUUUGCGCAUGCUGGAAGCAUUCAACAUGAUUUUAACUUUUUCACAUCAAUCAACACUAUUCGACGUCAAUAUGAUUCCACUUCAUACAUCAUUCAAGGAUAUUCUGUAUCGUACGUUGUUCCUCCUAUUUCGACAGUAUUCCGCAUCAUACAUCAUUCAUUCAACAUUCUGUACUUCCGAACCAAACAACAAUUCACAUCAUCCUAAAAAAUUCCACAUCUCACAACUUUAUUCCACAUUACUCAAAAAUGUCCCACAUCAUUCAUUCAACAGAAC